AUGGGAGCAAAGAGCAUAGUAGCUUCCUCUUCUUCAAAGAAAUCCAAGAAACAGCAUAAUGGAAAGAUGAAAAAAAAUAAAAAAAUCAAGAAGGUGCGGAAGUCGAAGAAGGAUACAUCGACGAGCGACGAGAACGAAGCAGGAAAUCUGCCCAAGCUGAACGACCAAGAAAUUAAUAAAAAUCCCGACGACCAUGUCACUUCUGAUGGCAUUCUCGUAUUAGAAAAGAAAUCGGAUGAUGAUGAAGGAUUUGAUGACUAUGAUGGCCAUUUUGAUAAUCCUACCGACGUUCCCUCAACCACUGAAGAAAAUAAGACACCUUUAUUGACGGUACAUGGUAGUGAAAGAGAUCUAGCGAAUAAUGAUGAUUUCAUUUCUCUUUCAGCUAGUUCUGAAGAUGAGGACGCUAAAAAAGAAGAAGAGGAAAGGCAGAAAAAAGAAGCAGAACUUCUGAGAAUAAGGCAAAAGGAAAUUCUUAAUACCGAUUAUCCAUGGAUCUUGAACCAUGAUCAUUCCAGGCAAAAGGAAAUUUCCGAUUGGUUAACCUUUGAAAUCAAGGAUUUUGUUGCAUAUAUUUCACCAAGUCGUGAAGAGAUUGAAAUUCGUAACCAAACUAUAAGUACGAUUAGGGAAGCACUGAAACAACUAUGGCCAGAUGCUGAUUUGCAUGUAUUUGGGUCCUACUCAACCGAUUUGUAUUUGCCUGGUUCCGAUAUCGAUUGUGUGGUAAAUAGCGAACUUGGUGGUAAAGAAAGUAGAAAUAACUUGUAUUCCUUGGCAAGUCACUUGAAGAAAAAUAAUCUAGCAACAGAGAUUGAGGUAGUUGCUAAGGCUCGUGUGCCGAUUAUCAAGUUUGUCGAGCCACAUUCAAGAAUACACAUAGAUGUUUCCUUUGAAAGAACAAAUGGUCUAGAGGCUGCAAAGUUGAUCAGAGAAUGGUUAAACGAUACUCCUGGCCUUCGAGAAUUGGUUCUUAUUGUGAAGCAAUUUUUACAUGCAAGAAGACUAAAUAAUGUGCAUACCGGUGGUUUGGGGGGAUUUAGUAUUAUUUGCCUUGUUUUUUCCUUCUUGCAUAUGCAUCCACGUAUAAUAACCAAGGAAAUUGAUUCAAAGGACAAUUUGGGUGUACUUCUGAUAGAGUUUUUCGAACUUUACGGAAAAAAUUUUGGUUACGACGAUGUUGCAUUAGGAUCAUCGGAUGGCUACCCGAUAUACUUUCCAAAAUCUUCAUGGAGUGCUAUUCAACCUAUCAAGAAUCCAUUUUCCUUGGCCAUCCAAGAUCCAGGCGACGAAUCAAAUAACAUUAGUCGAGGAUCUUUUAAUAUUCGAGACAUCAAAAAGGCAUUUGCCGGUGCUUUUGAUCUAUUAACAAAUAGAUGUUUUGAAUUGCAUUCAGCAACCUUUAAGGAUCGAUUAGGGAAAAGUAUCUUAGGUAAUGUAAUCAAGUACCGUGGUAAGGCAAGAGAUUUUAAGGAUGAAAGGGGUUUGGUACUUAAUAAGGCCAUCAUUGAAAAUGAAAACUAUCAUAAAAAACGUAGCAGAAUAAUUCACGAUGAAGAAUUCACCGAAGAUACAGCAACUUCUACAGCCACUACUACAGAAGAUGAUUAUGAAAUAAUAGAACCACCCACCAAGAGGGCCAGGACAGAAACUGUUAAACCCCAACCCAAAAGUGAGCCGUCAGAAAAGAAAAGCGAGGAAUCUCAUAUCACCAUAUCAAGCGACGACGAUGACGAUGACGAUGAAGAUGAAGAUGGAUAUAAUCCCUAUAGUCUUUGA